AUGGAUGGAGAUUCCUUGAGCCCACUUUUGCUCUUCGACAGGAAGAAGCAUAAGAUCAUUGAAGAAAGGGAGAGGCAGAGUGAGAUUCCUUCGUCCUACUCACAUUUUAUGCAGCAAAGAAGAAAGAGAUUGGGGAAAAGAUGGAGAAGAGAAAGAGUGAAGAAGAGGAAGAUGGGUGCUUAUUUGAUUUGUGCAAGUAAGCAUCUUAAAAAAGGGAGAUUCCUUGAGUCCACUUGUUGCUCUUCGACCGGGAGAAACACAAGAUCAUUGAAGCAAGGAAGAGGCAGAGUGAGAUUAUUUCGUCCUACUCACAUUUUAUGCAGUAGAGAAGAAAGAGAGUGGGGAAAAGAUGGAGAAGAGAAAGAGUGA